AUGGGGCGGUUCGACGGCCUCCCCACAGAGUUGAUACUGCAGAUAUGUGAUAACCUAAGCCCCCAGGAUAGCUUCGCUGUGGCCCUCGCGUCACGAAAGCUCGCAACUAUCCUGCUACCAAGAGCCCGCAUAAUUACCCUUUCCUAUGCAGCUGAUAUGAAAAAGCGGGACCUUUUCCUUAAGACGCUUGAAAAGGAUGUUGAUUUUAGCCUUGUUCUGGUGGACCGAGCGAUUCUAGAGGAGUGCAUCUUAACCCAGGAUGAUGAAUAUGUGCUUCCGAUGCUGGAACGGGGGGUUGGGCUUGUCUCACCGCCGGGGUCUGUAUGUGCUAGUACCGGCGUGAAUCUGCUUCAUCUUGCUGCCUCUGCCGGGUGCGGUGAUACCGUGUUGAAAAGGCUCCUUGUUCACGGUGAUGAGAUUGACCCAUUUGCAAGGGAUGAGGACGGCAUUACACCGCUUGUAUGUGCAGUCACCAAGCGGAAGCUGGCCGCUGUGAAGACGCUGGUUGGGAUAUACCAUGAAAGAGGCAGGGAGAUAGACCCUCCUGAUUCUAAAUGCCCCUUGAUUCUACAGGCUAUGCCGCGAGGGUAUGGGGAAAUAGUGUUGUUCCUUCUGGAGACUAAGGGGAUUCAGGCGAAUGCCAGAGGUCCGUUUGGGGAGAAUGCUUUGCACUGGCUAGCUAAGACAGACAUGACUCCAGAGGAUGAGGACGCCUGGGAAGACACAGACGAUGAAGAUGGAGACUUUACCGCCCAGGAGGUUGUAAAUAUAAACCAGCAAGGGCGGGAAGAUGGUGAUUCCCAUGUUGCCGACAGCGAAGAGACCGAAGAUGUGAACGUCAGAGUAUUGAAGGGCCUUCUCAAAGCUGGUGUUAGUCUUACUGAUACCGCGACCAGGGACCGUCUCACUCCCUUGCAUGCCAUUGCUCUGAAUGGACGGUAUAAUUUGAUUGAACCUAUUGUCACUGGAGGUGCUGGUAUAUCAGUACGAUGUGCGAACGGUGGCACACCUCUUCACUGGGCAGCUAAGGGCGGGUCGGUGUUCUCUAUGGAUGCUCUAAUCGACCUGGGAGCCAGUGUCAAUGACACCGAUCUAGAGAACAAGACCCCGUUAUUCUGGGCCUACGCCUGUGAAAAUGCGGACGACCCUCCUUCCGAGUUUGAUCCAAGCCCAUAUCCUAUACUGUAUCUGCUUGAGCAAGGGGCAAACCUUUCACACCUAGACUCCUCCAAUCAGUCUGCCCUGCACAUUUUUGCCCAACACGAUAGGCCCAACGGGGCAACUCAGCUGCUAGCUGCUGGUAUUGAUGUGAAUAUACAGAGAAACGACGGAUCCACGGCGUUGCAUCUAGCAGCCUUGAACGGGUCACACAAGACUGCGGCGCAGUUGCUGAGGGCUCGGCCAAAUCUAGAACUGAAAAAUGCACAGGGUCAAACUGCCCUUGAGGUCGCUGUGGAGAAGGGCAAGGACAAGGUUGCUAAACUGAUUCGUAGCUAUACUCGACGUGGAGUUACAGCUGUCGGAGGUGUUAUCAAUGAUCGUAGCAUGGAGGACCUGCACGACCGGCUGACCACACAGUUGUCUAUAUAUGAGUGGAGAGAAUGA